AUGGCCUCCAGUAUUUCAAUGAAAAGCUACUCUAUUGGCCGUCAGCCCUCCUUUUCCAGUCGUUCGCUGAUGGACACCGGCCGUGCUCGCUCUCGGGCUUCUGUGUCUUUCGCUGUAGCGAGCCCGCUCACCCGUUCAGCUUCCAUCAGCCAGGAUCUCAACGGGCCAGCAAGCCUUCAAAUUAACGGACUGCAUGGCAACAGCACCAAUGAGAAGGAAGCUAUGCAGAGUCUCAACAACCGUCUGGCCAACUACCUGGACAAGGUGCGUUCACUGGAGCGCUCCAACGCUGAUCUGGAAAUGAAAAUUAAGCAGCUGAUGCUCGAACGCAUUCCCAAAGGUCAUGACCUCGAUUCCAUGAUGGCCCAAGCUCAUGCUGUUGAGCAAGAGGUGAGGAAGAAGACCUUGGAAAAUGCUCGUCUCAUGCUAGAGAUCGAUAAUGCUAAACUGGCUGCUGAUGACUUCAGAAUCAAAUGGGAGACUGAAAUGGUGAUGUGUCAGUCUGUGGAGCGAGACUGUAUUGCCCUGAAAAAGGCCAAGACCGAUCACGAGCAGAUCAUCGCCUCUUUGAGGGGAGAUUUGGACAGCCUGAAAGAGGAACUUUACUUCCUCAAGAAAAACCAUGAAGAGGAACUCGAGCAGAUGAAGUCUCGUAUUGCCAGAGAUGAGGUGAACGUGGAGGUGGACUCUGCCACCGGGCCCGAGCUGGGCACCAUUCUGUCCGAGCUGCGUUCUCAAUAUGAGGGCAUUGUGAAGAGGAACAAGGAACAGGCGGAGCAGUGGUAUCGCAAGAAGCUGGAGACAAUGCAGAACGAGGUGAAGGAGAGCAACGAGGCUCUGAGGGGAGCUCAGGGAGAGCUGACCGAGAGGCAGCGCUUCCUGCAGACCCUGGAGGUGGAGCUGGAGAGUCUGCACAAACAGAUAGCAGCUCUGGAGGGAAACCUCGGUGAGACAGGUCAAAAGUAUUCUGCUGAGAUGGAGCGGCUGCAGGUCACCCUGAACCAGCUGGAGGAGGACCUCUCUCAGCUCAGGCUGGACAUGCAGCGCACAAAGACCGACUACGAGCAGCUUCUUCGCAUCAAGCAAAACCUGGAGAUGGAGAUCGCCACCUACAGACGCCUGCUGGAGGGAGAGGACUCAGUCAAAGAAGUCCCUCCUCCACCAAAAAAGGAGCCCGAAGUCCGCACCAGAAAGAUCGUGAAGGUGGUGACUCAGACCAUGGUCAACGGCAAGGUGGUGGACGAGUCCAGCGAAGUGGAGCAGAUUGAGGAGUCGAAGAAAUAG